UAUAACAACCUCUCCUCUCUCUCUUUCUCUCCAUCGAGACACCAUGAAGAAUGACGACCACCCUUCACUUUCAGAGCAACUUCUCAAGCCAAGAAAGCCAAAAUCCCGUGGAGUAAGCUCUAGAUUUCUGUCUCCAAACACAACUUCACAAGAUAAUGCAAUCCCAUCUCCACCUCCAAGCCAAGCUUCUUCACCACUUCGUCAAAAAUCCAGUGAUGCCAGGAAGCAUCGUAGCCAUGAAGACUCAGGUUUCAUUAGAGGUCUUUGGCCUUCAUCCACUACUUCUUCAUCGCCUUUACAUUCAACAUCGAACAGAAAAAAUGUAGACACUCUUGCUAACCAUCUUGGAAAUGAGAGACUCAGAGAUUUGCUGGAGAGGAAACAAGACAAGAAAUCUGGGAAUAAAAGUAGCAUGUUUUCUCUUGCAAGGCAAAGAAGCUGCUCUGAGUAUAGUAGGUUUGAAGAGAGAGAAAAAGAAAGCAUGAAAGAAAAUCACAGGCCAAUUGUUGGAGGGUCUAUGAGAUAUACAGGGAAGCUUGACUUCACAGGAAAAUUGUCAUCUUCUUCUUCAUCAUCGUCAUCCUCCAUGAAAAAUUUGUCUAACAAUUCUGAUUUUGUGCCUGGAAGACUAUCAGUUGAUGAAAAUGCAAUAUAUAGAAACUCUAAAAACGCUGAUGCAUCUCGGCGAAAAUCAGAUUCUUUUAUUGAUAAUGUUGACGCAGAAUCUGAGUGCAGUGCAAAUGGUUCAGCCACAGAUUGUUCUUCCCCAGCUUCAGGAAAAAAUUCACGAAAAUCUGGUAUAGAGGUGUCUUCAAAAUAUUUGCAGGACCUUCAAACAAGGUCACGAAGAAGUACAUCAGAUUCUAAUAUUCAACAUCCAGCAUCACUAGAUUCUUCACCCAAAAUGAAGAAAUCUAUCUUAAAAUAUGCAAUUAAGAGAGCUAAUUCUCUAACUGGUUACGGAAGUGCUACAUCACAGUGGGCCUUGUCACCAGGGCGAUCAGGAUCACCACCAAUGUCAGUAGAAAGUAAAGAUAGGCUAAUUUCCUUUUCAAGUUUGAAACCACCAUCGAGUCCAUCAAGAUCUAAAGGUGUAGAGAAAUUUCUGAGUCUGGGACUGGACUUAUUGAAGGGUAAGAGAUCAUCUUCAUCGAGUUCAUUAAUGGGAUCUGGGAAUGUGGAGAAUAUUCACCAGCUAAGACUGCUUCAUAAUCGGCUGCUGCAAUGGCAGCAUGCAAAUGCUAGAGCUGAUUCUGGGAAUGAGAAUAUAAAUAAACAAGCAAAGAACAACUUGUUAUCUGCAUGGGAGAGUCUUGAAAAUUUACAACACACUGUGCUGCUCAAGAAAUUACAGCUUCAGAAAGAAAAGCAUGAGAUGAAACUGGACUAUAUACUAAAUUCUCAAAUCAAACAAUUGGAAGCUUGGGCAGAUAUGGAAAGGCAGCACUUAACUGCAAUUGUCAAGACUAAAGAGUGUCUACAUUCUGUGGUUUGUAGAAUACCACUCAUUGAAGGAGCAAAGGUGGAUUCACAAUUGACUUCCAUCGCCCUUCGACAUGCUUCAGAUCUCACAGCUUCUAUCAAGUCAUCAUUAGUGAGCUUUCCACAGUUGACAGAGAAGAGUGCUGCAUUAAUUUCUCAGCUCGCAGAGGUGGUUUCACAAGAAAAGUUACUGUUACAGGAGUGCCUAGAGCUUUUCCAGACAAUAUCUAUGUUAGAGAUUCAGGAGAGGAGUUUGAAGUGCUACAUAAUGCAGUUAAAUUCAUGGCAGGAGCAUCAACAACUCCAUUCUUAACUUGUUCUAUAUAUGAGAGUGUGUGUUAGCCAUUGUUUUGGUCGUGGACUUGUCUUGCUAUAUUUAGAGAUGUCCCCAUUUUCAUGGAUUUUGUGGUGAAGUGGAAGGCUCGUCUUGCUUGAAUGUUAGCAAAGAGCAAAUGACUCCAAAAAUUAGGCCACCCUUUCCGUAAUAUUUACUGUUAUUAAUUUACUCCAUGUAAAUUUUAUUCUCUGACCUGUAAACAAAAAAAGUUGUUAUUGUGCUUGAAUUACUCGAUCAGCUAGAAAGUAUCAGGAAAGCCUUCUAUAGCCAUGGCAGCUGACAAGAAGCAGAGGCUCAUUAAUCACCGUUUUAAAAAACCAUAGACCUGGAAUUGUUGGAUGACCUAUUCAAUUCAGCAACUGCUGGUGCUAUAAUUCACAUCAAAUUAAAUUAUUUUAAUACUA